AUGAUUACAAUACCCGACGAGAUGGUACCAUCCGAGGAGUUUUUUAGCGAAUUAAUCAAUCUCGUAGCAAGUGUUAUCUCUUUUCAAUCUCCAAGCAUGGCGGCAACAGAAGGAUCACAAUUUGAUGCUCGUCAGUUUGACGAAAAAAUGGAAUUGCUCCAAGUUGAUGGGCAGGAGUUCUUUACUUCUUACGAUGAGGUUUAUGAUAGUUUUGAUGCUAUGGGACUGCAGGAGAAUCUCCUCAGAGGCAUUUAUGCCUAUGGUUUUGAGAAGCCCUCAGCCAUCCAGCAGAGGGGCAUCGUACCUUUCUGCAAGGGACUUGAUGUCAUUCAGCAGGCACAGUCUGGAACUGGGAAAACUGCCACUUUCUGCUCGGGUAUUUUGCAGCAGCUCGACUAUGGUCUGACUCAGUGCCAGGCCUUGGUUCUUGCACCUACUCGAGAACUCGCUCAGCAGAUUGAGAAGGUUAUGCGGGCCCUAGGUGACUACCUUGGAGUUAAGGUUCAUGCUUGUGUGGGUGGGACCAGUGUUCGUGAGGACCAGAGGAUUCUUUCUGCUGGGGUCCAUGUUGUUGUGGGGACACCUGGCCGUGUGUUCGACAUGCUGAGGAGGCAAUCACUUCGUGCCGACCACAUCAAGAUGUUUGUGUUGGAUGAGGCCGAUGAGAUGCUUUCUCGUGGUUUUAAGGAUCAGAUUUACGACAUCUUCCAGUUGCUACCCGCCAAGGUCCAGGUUGGCGUCUUCUCCGCCACCAUGCCCCCCGAGGCCUUGGAAAUCACCCGCAAAUUCAUGAACAAGCCCGUUCGCAUCCUGGUCAAACGGGACGAGUUGACCCUCGAGGGUAUCAAGCAGUUUUAUGUCAACGUCGAGAAGGAAGAAUGGAAGCUCGAAACCCUAUGCGACCUUUACGAGACUCUCGCCAUCACACAAAGUGUCAUCUUUGUCAACACCCGACGAAAAGUUGACUGGUUGACCGACAAGAUGCGCAGCCGGGACCACACUGUGUCGGCCACACACGGUGACAUGGACCAGAACACGCGUGACAUCAUCAUGCGCGAGUUUCGUUCUGGCUCGUCUAGGGUUCUCAUCACGACCGAUUUAUUGGCUCGUGGGAUUGACGUGCAGCAAGUGUCGCUCGUGAUAAACUAUGAUCUCCCGACACAGCCCGAGAACUAUCUGCACCGUAUCGGGAGAAGUGGGAGGUUCGGGAGAAAAGGUGUCUCGAUUAAUUUCAUGACUAAGGAUGAUGAGAAGAUGCUUCACGAUAUUCAGAAGUUUUACAAUGUGGUGGUUGAGGAGCUUCCGUCGAAUGUUGCUGACCUGCUUUGA